UUCAUUGUGCAUGUUGUCCUGAAAGUACAACGGCGGGAAGGGAAACAAAGCGUAGCGGAGGAGGAGGCGGAGAAGUAGGAGGUGCCAUGCAGGAGGAGGUAUCGAAUUUUGGCCAAUCAAAAAAAGGUGUCUUGUCUGGGCGUUAUUAGCAUGUGGGUCUGUAAAUAGAGCGGGCGCGAGGCGGGCGCUAGUUAUUCUCUGUUCUUUUACUCGAGAAGCAGCAUCAUGCCCGAUCCAGCCAAGGCAGCGCCCAAGAAGGGAUCAAAGAAAGCCGUGACCAAGACGGCCGGCAAAGGAGGCAAGAAGCGCAGAAAGUCCAGGAAGGAGAGCUACGCCAUUUACGUGUACAAGGUCCUGAAGCAGGUGCACCCUGACACCGGAAUCUCAUCCAAGGCCAUGGGCAUCAUGAACUCCUUCGUGAAUGAUAUUUUUGAGCGCAUCGCCGGUGAGUCUUCUCGUCUGGCUCAUUACAACAAGCGCUCCACUAUCACCUCCAGGGAGAUCCAGACCGCCGUGCGCCUGUUGCUUCCCGGCGAGCUGGCCAAGCACGCCGUGUCCGAGGGCACAAAGGCCGUCACCAAGUACACCAGCUCCAAAUAAAGCGCGUUACCGCCGUCUUCAUCAACCCAACGGCUCUUUUAAGAGCCACCCACUUUUCAUACAAAGAGCGAUUUCCUCUUUUUUGCUUUUCCUCUCACGCUGUGUGUGUGUGUGUGUGUGUGUGUGUGUGUGUGUGUGAGAGAGAGAGAGAGAUAGAGGGGGACUUCUGAAGCGCUGCACUCCUGUGGAUGUUCAGGAUUUUGGGUAAUUAUAGCAGCCUGCUAAAUGCAGAGAUGAGUAUAUUUAAACGGUUGUAGCACGGUUUUGGGGGGGGGGUUGUAUAAUCUGAGCAAUGCAAAAUGGGGCUUUAGCAGCACAAAGUUAUUCGUAUUAAGAUUGUAGCAAGAGGAAAUAACUUAAAAUGGUUUUCUAGUAGCACAUCAUUAUUAAUUAGAGGUGCCCAAACUUUUUCCUAGGAAGGGCCAAAAAUCAAACUUGAUUGAGGACUGUGGGCCGAAAGUUGCUGUGUGACAAUGUAAACUUAAAAAAAAAACCCCAACAUUUCCAUGUCUAGAGAAGAGGGUAUGUUCUUUAAAAAUUAAAUCAUAAUGAUGAUGCUGUUAAACAGUUGAGAAGCUCCGUGUAUUGUCCUUGAUACGUGAAAACUAGACAAUGCACAGUAAUAACGCUGAUGAGCUGUGUCAGUCACUGCGUUUACAUGGACAACAAUAAUCCACUAUUAACCCGAUUAAGACAAUAUUCCAAUUAAGAAACUACCAUGUAGACAGCAAUUUUUAAUUACCUUAAUCUGAUUAAGGUCAUACUAGAAGUAAGCACUAAUUGAAUUAAGACAGGUGGAGUACUCCUGUUUUAGUUGCAUUAUCAACGUGUAUUACAGACAUGUAAUCACCUUAAUCACACUAUUAACGUGGUGAGUUUUCACCGCAUUUUGCGACAGGACAUGAUCACACACGGCAGUUAUACGUUUUAUGGCGAACAAGAGAGUUUGGCUGCGUCCCAAACUGCAUACUUUCCUACUAUAGGCCUGUAGUGGGGAUAAAUACAUGUAUCUCGGCUACUAUAUAGAAGGUAAGUACGCGGUUUGGGACUGUUGUGGAUAAAAAAAUGUCAUAAAAUAAACAUAAGGGAGACCUAGCAUCCAGCAAAGGGGAGAAGAAGAAAAGACGGGCACCUAGACACAUAGAAGCGGGAUUAGGCGGACAUUGACAAAUUGGAAUUACACUUUAAAGGUCUUUAAGAGCAGUAGUAGUCAAAAAAGUCAAAAAGAGGUAUAUGAGCUGAGCUGAGGAGUGCUAAUACACACACACACACACACGCUCGUACAGUCAAGGGCGGGCAAGUAGACACAACAUACACACACACUCUCUCUUUCUCAUACACACACAUGAAUAACUUUAAUAAUAUCUUAUA